AUGUUAAACAAUUUGACCCGUAAAGAGACCAACCCAAGAAGCAGAUCGCACGCCCAGCUCUUCGUUAUUGUCCUCGCCUCCAACAUCUGGAGCUUCGCCACUCUCAACCACGCCAAUGGCCUCUGGCUAACAACUCAAGCUCGCCAAGCCGACCGCCCUAAGGUCAGCACAAGUUUCAGUUGUCCUGGCGAAGACGUUAAGUACUUUGAGAUCACUAGCAUCCCGACUUCUUGGUUGCGAGAUGUUCAGGUUCGGGUUGACCUCGUCGCGGCCGUUGAGAUGAAAGGUGACUUGGAGUACAAUCACCAGUAUGUGCGAGAUGUUCUGGAGAGUUUGGUCGUUGGCGGCCUUCUCGGCAAGACACAGGUUAGUGAUGUGUUAUUGGAGCUUGAUAUAAGCUCUCAGCUUCAAUUAGAGGCAACCUGA